AGAAGAAUAAGAGGAAGAUCAAGAGCUGUAGUCUCAGAUGAGAUCAGAGCUACUGUAAUUGAUCAUGUAGUAAAUCAUGGUCUCUCAAUGAGAGAGGCUGGUCAGAGAGUGCAGCCAAUUCUGCAAUGCUCUACAGUGGCAUCUAUUGUUAGAGUUUUCCGGCAAACCAACAGGACUCAACGGUUACCUCACACAGGAGGGAGAGGAAGGAUGUUCACUGAUGUGCAGGAAACUGCCAUUGUUGAUAUGGUCAUCAGAAACAAUGGGAUAGAACUCACUGAGAUUAGACACAGAGUCUUGGCAGACAAUGUUACUUUUGCAAAUAUUCACAGUGUAAGCAUAACAACAAUUUCUAGAGUCCUGAAAAAACAUCAGGUCAGGAUGAAACAGUUGUACACUGUGCCUUUUGAGAGGAACUCUGAACAUAUCAAGCAACUCAGGAACCAAUAUGUCCAGAGAGUCAUGGAGAUUAAAGGCAGGCAAACACACCACAUUUUCAUCUUUGUGGAUGAGGCAGGUUUCAACUUGGCCAAAACACGGCGACGAGGGAGGAAUGUGAUUGGGAAGAGAGCCACAGUGAAUGUCCCGGGCCAGAGGGGUGCCAACAUCACAAUGUGCGCAGCAAUAUCCACUGAUGGACUGCUGUUACACAGACCACUAAUUGGGCCAUACAACACUGAACGGCUACUUGCGUUCCUGAAUGAUCACUAUGGAAGGGUUGUGCUAGGCGAGGAAAGGGAUGCGGAGAGAAGGAAUCAGCCAACAUUUAUAAUUGUAUGGGACACUGUGGCAUUUCACCACUCCCGUGCAGUCACCGAGUGGUUUGCGGCCCAUCCCAGAAUGGAGUCACUUUUCCUCCCACCUUACUCUCCAUUCCUCAACCCCAUAGAGGAAUUCUUUUCCUCAUGGCGGUGGAAGGUUUACGACCAUCAUCCACAUGAUCAAAUGUCCCUCUUGGAUGCAAUGAAUGCUGGAUGCCUGGACAUAUCAGCAGAAGAUUGCCAGGGAUGGAUCAGGCAUGCCAGAAGAUUCUUUUCUAGGUGUAUUGCCCUAGAUGACAUAAGAUGUGAUGUGGAUGAGAACCUGUGGCCAAAUGGAGAAGCCCGAGUAGAUUAGCAUUACUAUUGUAUCUGUAUCAGUGUAUGGUGUGUGUAGCUGACACUAAGAAGUGUGUUAAUUUUGCCAUGACAACACUGUUAAAGUGAAUUUCCCAAAAGAGAGUUAAAAUAAUAUCAUUAAUUUUAUUUAUUGUUUAAAGGAGUUUGUGGUGUUGCCUACAUUAUUUGAAGUUUUAAAAGUAUUUGCAUAAGAAUGAGCUAUUAAGUCACAUGACCAACGUGGCUUUGAACCGGAAGUUCUCACGUAAGGGCAUUUAGUAAUAGACAGUGAAUGGCAAGCUACGACUCUUUCUACGACUGGUCAAAGAGG